AUGGCAGAUGCUCCGACUGUCCCAAGUUGUGUUUUGAAAGUGAACGUUCAUUGCUGUCCUGCAUGUCCCAAGAAAGUGAAGAAAAUGUUGCAGAAAAUCAAUGGGGUGGAUGCCGUCGACAUAGAUACCGAAAACGGGCUGGUCACUGUUCAUGGCAUUGUCCAACUCUCUACGCUCAUUCAAACGAUAUCAGAAAAGAUGGGCAAAAAAGCAGAGCUUUACGCCUACGAGAAGAACCCCAAGACUAAUAACGAGAAACUAGACAAUGAGAACACUUGUUCUGCUUGUAAAUACGAGGAAAAGAACCAAACAUGUUCUUUUGCUGAUAAAUCUAAUGACGGUAAAGCUAAAGACCCUGUCUCACAAGGACCCGAAGUAUCGAAUCACCCACAACUUGUCACGGAAAAGAAGAAACACUGGCUUGGUUGUUGGUUUGGCAAGAAGAGCAGUGUUGAACCAAGAAUGUUUGGCAGUUUUGGAGGAACAAGGCCAGGGUGUUACGCAUGGCUGCCGCCACCACCAUUGCCACCUGCAUUUCGACUGCCAUCAUAUAGAUGUAGACAAUAUCGACCAGUUUAUCCUUACUCGCCACCUUACCAGAUAACAAAGCCGCCGCGACCAUAUCCCUAUGAUUUCUAUGAGGAUACGGAACCGCCAAUAGGCAACUCUGUUUUUCACACAUUUCAUGAUGAUAAUGUUAAUGCUUGCAGCAUAAUCUGA